AUGGCAGCAGCUGCUGGUCUCUGGCUCCCAGCUGGUCCGCAGAGCCCUCCAAUAGCCGAAAAGUCCCCCUCCCUCACUGUGGUGGAAGGGGGCAGUUACUUCUCUGGAGGACUGUUUACAAACUCCCCAUUUUCUCUUUCUCCUGCCCAAUGGUUGUGCUUCAGCACACGUUUAGGUCACGUGCAGAGCAUAUCUCGCCGCGCCCAGUGGGAGGGAACUAUGGAGGAGAGCAUGUGGAGUGUGAGAAGCUCCAGGUGUGCUCUCCCCACACUCUUCUCUCCGCAUAGUCUCUCAUUCCAAUUAUUUUCUUUUGGAGUUUUUUUUUUUUUUUUUUUUUUUUUUUUUUUGAGACAGUGUCUCACUGUCGCCCAGGCUGGAGUGCAAUGGUGCAAUCUCAGCUCACUGCAACCUCCACCUCUUGGGUUCAAGCAAUUCUCCUGCCUCAGCCUCCUGGGUAGCUGGGAUUACAGGUGCACACCACCACACCUGGCCAAUUUUUGUAUUUUUAGUAGAGAUGGGGUUUCACCAUAUUGGCCAGGAUGUUCUCAAACUCCUGAUCUUGUGAUCCGCCCACCUUGGCCUCCCAAAGUGCUGGGAUUACAGGUGUGA